UCUUCACGCCAUUUGCUGUGCACAUGGUUUACGGCAUUUACCAUACACAAAAGUGGCAAUUGUUGCCUAUUUUUAAAAAAUAAAACGUAUUAAAAUACAUUAAAAAUGACGACAACCGGUACCGACAGUGCUGAUACACCACAAAUGCAAAUUCGCUUUGUUACAAAAGAGCAGAAGUAUGCGGUUCCAAAUUAUCCCUUAUCUGUUCCAACAACAGUCGUCAUCAGUGAUUUAAAUGCUCUUGUAAAUGAGUUGCUAAAAGAAUCGGAUCUUGUAACGCAGGAGGUCGAGUUCGAUUUCUUAAUUUCCUCCGAGUUUUUGCGCAGUUCUCUGGUAGAACAUAUUGGAGAACGUGGAAUCUCUACCGAGCAGGUAGUGGAUAUAGAAUAUGUUGAGAAACAUCCUCCACCGGAACCUCAAGAUUGUCUCAUUCAUGAUGAUUGGGUUUCUGCUGUUGCUGUUUCCGGCAAAUGGAUUUUGACUGGAUGCUAUGACAAUACUCUUCACAUCUGGACAUCAAAAGGCAAACAUAUUCUUAUCAUUCCUGGUCACACUUCGCCCAUUAAGGCGGUCUCUUGGAUAUCCGUAAAUGAAGAAAAUGCUUCCUUCGUCAGCGCCUCUCAAGAUCAAACUGCGAUAAUAUGGGAUUGGAAUAUCACGAGUAAUUCUGUGGAUUGUAUUCACAUUUGUAAAGGACAUGAAAGAGGUUUGGAGGCUGUGGGAGUUAAUGAAACUGGGACAUUAAUGGCGACUGGUUCGUGGGACACGAUGCUCAAAAUUUGGUCUACAACUGCCGAAGAUGAUGAAGAGGGAGAAUCCGCCUCGAAGAGAAUGAAGAAAGACCACGGCAAAACGAAAGUUCCAAAAAGGACAUUGAAAGGUCACAAGGAAGCUUUGAGUGGAGUAGUUUGGACAGACAAAACGGAAAUUGUUACGUCAUCUUGGGAUCACACGUUAAAACUUUGGGACUCAGAACUUGGGGGAAUAAAACAGGAGAUUGCGGGGAAUAAAAGUUUCUUUGACGUAGAUUAUUCUCCUCUUUCUCGCACGCUUAUAACGGCUUCGGCCGACAGGCAUAUCCGUUUAUAUGAUUCCAGAUCAAAAGAUGGAGCAAUAGUAAAGGCAAUGUUCACUUCUCACGUUCAAUGGGUUCAAUCUGUUUGCUGGUCGACCACAGAUGAACAUUUAUUUAUGUCGGGUGCCUACGAUAGUAACGUUAAACUUUGGGAUACGCGAAGUCCCAAGGCCUCGCUUUUCGAUCUCAUGGGACACGAAGACAAAGUCCUCGCGUGUAAUUGGUCGAAUCCGAAACUGAUGGUUUCUGGAGGAUCUGACAACACAGUCAGAAUAUUCAAGGCGAAGAAUUCCAAUCGCUGAGAACAAAUAAAGCUCCUUAGGUAAAUUUUUACUCUUUCUUGGAGCUGAUUUAAAAGUUGUGGAAUUUUAGUACAAUUAUUGGGUUAAUGACACUCUCGUAGAAAGGACUGAACAAAUUCCACAUAACGCAGAAAUCACUGUUCCUACAACUUUUCCAGUGCGUACCUGUGUCAAAUUUUUCUAUGCUUCGUGUCAUAGUUUUGUACUACACGAUAAGUAAUUAUUGUACAAAAAACUGUAACUAUCGAUUUAA